UCAGCAGAUAGCUUAGACGGCUUCACUGCUCAGUCUCUGGAUGCUUUACUUGAAGAAACGUUAAAUCUCGACACAAGUGAGAAGCAUGUUGCUGUGAACGUCCCAGGAGGAAGAGUCAACAAGAGGUCUGGAGCACAGUGCAUUGUGUUCGGUAGUGAUGGGAGCUUCAAUCUCAGAGAAACAUGGGAGUUGGAUGCUUGUUAUGUGGAGGAUCAAGGCCAUUUCUCUAUUGUGGUUCCAGAAGAAGGGGUUCACAGGAAGGAGAAGAAGCUCUGGUAUCUAUGGAUGGUGGUGGCGAUCGUGGUUGGGAUUGUAGGACUGGUUCUGGUGGCACAUCUGGGUUGUUGUUGUCUAAGAAGCUUUUGA